CUAUGUGUUACUCAAAACUACAUUAUAGUCUUUAUCAUGGAGCUAAUCAUUUGUGUUUUAUCAUGUUUCAGACAAGCACCAGGACAUUCAACAAUUCAGCCAGGACAGAUAGUAAUAUCUGAUGCUGAGGAUCUGGAUCAACCUGAAACAAAUCCAGAAAAAAAUUCUUGCUACAGUAAAUACACAGACCUGUUUUCACCCAAUGUUGAGCCAGAGGAUGAAGAGCCUGUUGCUGUCAAUGUGAAGAAUAUCCAACACACAGCAAUGGAGGAGACGGACAUUUCAUUACCUGACAUCGUGGCAAACCUGUCGCUUCCUAUUGAUCAUAAAAGAGUCAGUCGGUUCAACAUCUCAAGGGCUAAUGUUUGGGAUGGGGCAGUCAGAGGUUUCAAGCGUACAACAUAUUCUGAAACCUGUGACAUGCUGGUCAAAUUCACUGAUGAUACUGGUGUUUUGGAAGAGGGAAUUGACACGGGUGGUCCAAGACGAGAGUUUUUAACUCUACUAAUGAAACACCUAAAAGACCGGCCCAUUUUUGAUGGACCAGAAGGACAUCGGUUCUUGGUCUACAAUGCAAAUGCUGUUAGGGAGGAUGAGUACUACCUGGCAGGAAAGAUGAUUGCUGUGUCAGUUGUGCAUGGAGGUCCAGGACCCCAUUUCCUGUCAGAAGAUCUUGUACAUUAUCUUUCAGGCCAGCCUUCAUUCAAAGCACCAAUUAAUUUAAUAACUGAUGAAGACAUAGGGAAAGCUUUGCAAGAGAUUGAGAGUGCUGCUUCAUUGGAUGCUCUGCAAGAAUGCAUGAUGAGACACAGCACAAUGUUACAGACAGCAGGUUGUCUGAGGCACGUGGCUACUGUCGAAGAAAAGAAAGAAAUCGUGUCCGACUACCUUCAGUGGUAUAUUAUUGACCGCAACUCAUCUGUAAUUGACAGAUUCAGAGAUGGUCUUUCAACCCUGGAGUUUUUGACUGCACUACAGCAACACCCUACUUUGCUGGCCCCUGUUCUGUGCCACCUGAAAAGCGACUCACUGCUUUUGAACUUGAGAAACUCUUCAAACCUGACCUCAGUCCAUCAGGGAGUAAUCGACGACUUAAAGAAAGUCAACCCAUGGCCUAUUGGGCAGAUUAUCUCCUUGAUUGUGAAGAAGGCCAGGCUGCUGUGUCUGUGGAAGAUGUUUUGAUGUUUGCUACUGGGCUGUCUUCACUUCCCCCAUCUGGCUUGGAACCACCGCCACAAAUAGAGUUCCUGAAUGACUCUGCGUUCCCCAUGGCAAACACAUGUUCAAACUCCUUGAG